AGUUGCCACUGUUGGGUUUUUUCCAGCCUGUCUGAUCCUAACAGCCAGGUCACCAUCACCAAGAACACAUUUUCCUCCAUCCUAAUGUAUGAUGUGAACAUAACCUGAAGUGCUUGACCUGUAUCCACAUCAUUUGUUGCAUUGUGCUGCUGCCAAGUAAUUGGCUAAUUAGAUCAUUAAAAGAGGAAAGAAGCAUAUGAGAAGCCAGCUGCUUGGGUAUGUUGUGAAGUAGUGUUCAGCGGGAAUCUUUUAUUGGAGACCAGAAUACACUGCAGUGGGACUGUAGUCAUCCACGGUCCAGUGAAAAGGCACAUGCAGUUUUAAAGACCUUGAAGGUGCGACAGUACAAAAGCCUAGAGGUGAUACUCUUAAGCAAAAACCCCUGAGCGGAAGUAGACCACACAUGUGUCAACUCCAAGAAAGUGUUCGGAUCACGAAGAUGUAUCGUCCCAAACCGACUCUGAAAGACAGACAGCACUUGUAUAAGCUGAUCAUUAGCCAGCUGCUGUAUGACGGUUACACCAACAUCGCCAACAGCCUCAUAAAUGAAGUGAAGCCGCAGAGCGUGGUGUCUCCAUCUGAGCAGCUUAUGCAGCUCGCCAAGAUCGGAAUGGAGAAUGAUGACAGUGCAGUGCAGUAUGCUAUCGGACGCUCAGACACGGUAGCUCCUGGUGUGGGCAUCGACCUAGAGUUUGAUGCUGACGUGCAGACCAUGUCACCGGAGGCGUCAGAGUACGAGACGUGUUAUGUAACAUCACACAAAGGGCCGUGUCGUGUGGCCACGUACAGCCGAGACGGGCAACUAAUUGCCACCGGUUCUGCAGACGCCUCUAUUAAAAUCCUGGACACUGAACGUAUGCUGGCCAAAAGCGCAAUGCCCCUGGAGGUGAUGAUGAACGAGACAGCACAGCAGAACAUGGAGAAUCAUCCGGUUAUCCGAACCCUGUAUGACCAUGUAGAUGAAGUCACCUGCUUGGCCUUCCACCCUACAGAGCAGAUCCUGGCUUCGGGAUCCCGUGAUUACACACUCAAACUGUUUGACUACUCCAAGCCCUCAGCGAAAAGAGCAUUCAAAUACAUCCAGGAAGCAGAGAUGCUACGUUCCAUCUCCUUCCACCCGUCAGGAGAUUUCUUGCUGGUGGGCACACAGCAUCCAACACUGCGCCUUUACGAUGUUAAUACAUUCCAGUGUUUUGUGUCGUGCAACCCUCUGGAUCAGCACACUGAUGCCAUCUGCAGCGUGAGCUACAACCCAGGAGCCAACACCUACGUUACCUGCAGCAAGGAUGGCAGCAUCAAGCUGUGGGACGGCAUCUCCAAUCGGUGUGUGUCCACUUUCGAGAAAGCCCACGAUGGGGCUGAGGUCUGCUCAGCCGUCUUCUCCAAAAACUCAAAAUACAUUCUGUCCAGCGGCAAGGACUCUGUGGCCAAGCUGUGGGAGAUCUCCACCGGUCGCACGCUGGUCAAGUACACAGGAGCAGGACUGAGUGGCCGUCAGACGCACCGCACACAGGGUGUCUUUAACCACACAGAGGACUACGUGCUGUUGCCGGAUGAGCGAACGGUUAGCCUGUGCUGUUGGGACUCGCGCACUGCUGAGCGGAAGAACCUGCUUUCACUUGGACAUAAUAAUAUUGUGCGCUGCAUCGUGCACUCGCCCACUAACCCGGGCUUCAUGACGUGCAGCGACGACUUCCGUGCCCGCUUCUGGUACCGCCGGACCACCACUGACUGAGCGGCCAUUGGGCUGCAUGUGAGUCUUAGGUCUGUGUGUAGAAAAGGCUUAGGCGUGCCAUACAUGGUUUGAGAGAUGUGGUAUCAGAGGUAUCAGGACUGUAGUUGUUGUGUCUGAACCUCACCUCUAGAGGGCACCAUUGUACACUGAGGAACUUAAAGAGGAACUCCAGUGUUUCUAAGCUGUCCGUGUCAGCCAUCUGAGCUUUAUGAAGUUGUUUUCUGUAAAGGUAUGAUGUGAUUUGUUUUUUUAAUAAAAG